UUGAAGAAUAAAGAGGUUUAGAUUUGGGGGUUAACCUCAUAAUCUCAGAAGAUUUAGAGAACCUAUAAAUAUAUCGUACACUCUCCUAGAUCAUCACUCCCAAGAUUGGAGCCCUAGACCUAGAACCCAAAGGUUAUCUAUAUAGCAUGGCUGCGAUGGCGGCCUCAGGGAUCUUUCCAGCAUCUUCAUGUUCACCCAAUUCCUCCAUCAAAGCUUCAAAGACAACAUUUGGGGAUAACCCUAAUUCUCUAAAUGUGCAAGGAAUCUCAGCUAAACCCAAUUCAUCUUCGAAAUCUGUGGAUUUCAAAACCCAUGCUCAAGCUCUCCCCAAAAUUAAUGGAACCAAAACAAAGAUUGAGGGUGAAGCUCCUUCAGUGAGUUCAAAUGCUCCAAAAACAUUUUACAAUCAAUUACCAGAUUGGAGUAUGCUUCUCGCUGCAAUAACUACCAUUUUUUUAGCUGCUGAGAAGCAAUGGACUCUUCUUGAUUGGAAACCGAGGAGGCCUGAUAUGAUAACCGAUGCAUUUGGGCUCGGGAGGAUUGUUCAAGAUGGGUUCGUGUUCAAGCAGAAUUUUCCGAUAAGGUCUUAUGAGAUUGGAGCAGAUAAAACUGCAUCGAUAGAGACACUAAUGAAUCAUUUGCAGGAAACAUCGCUUAAUCAUGUGAAGAGGGUCGGGCUGAUGGAUGAUGGGUUUGGAGCGACGGCUGAAAUGAGUAAAAAGAAUCUGAUAUGGGUUGUCAAUAAGAUGCGGGUUCUUGUGGAACAUUAUCCUUCAUGGGGUGAUGUUGUUGAAGUAGAUACUUGGGUCCGUGCCUCUGGAAAAAAUGGGAUGCGCCGAGAUUGGCGUAUCCAUGACGUCAAAACCAGCAAAACUGUCAUGAAAGCAACAAGUGUUUGGGUGAUGAUGAAUAAACAUACUAGGAAAUUGGCUAAAAUGCCAGAAGAAGUUAGAGCGGAAAUCGGACCAUACUUUAUCGAGCAUAAGGCUAUUGUGGAUGAGGAUAGCAGGAAGCUUACUAAGCUUGAUGACAAUACUGCAGACUACGUUAAAACUGGCUUAGCUCCUCGAUGGAAUGAUUUGGAUGUCAAUCAACAUGUGAACAAUGUCAAAUAUAUUGGAUGGCUUCUUGAGGUACUUAUCAUGCUAUACUUCUUGAGCACACCCGUCUCACUCCUUGAGAGCCAUGAGCUAGCUAGCAUGAGUCUUGAAUACCGAAGAGAAUGUGGGAGGGAUGACGUGCUGAAUUCCCUCACCUCUGUAUCCACCAACUGCAAGAAUGGUACGCCUGAAACCAAGGUCGAGUGUGAUCAUCUGCUUAGGCUCCAAUGUGGAGCUGAGAUUGUUAGAGGGCACACCGAAUGGAGACCCAAGAGCUCUAAGAUCACGUAGAUUUCUCCAUCACAUCAGAAAAAGGUGGAAAAAGGGGAAAAAAGAAUAGAGAACCCCAUGGCAUCAGAAAAACUUGGAAAAAUCCUAUAGGGGACGCUAUAUAAUGGCUAGCACAUCAUGAAUCUUGAUAAUCGUCUCGUUAAUAAGGUCUAUCACUCUAAUCACUAUUGUCUAUCAUUGCAGUUGUGGCUGCACUAUGCAUUCAUAGUAAUAACUACGCUGAUAUGCCAAGUGUCAUCAUAUCCUACUACCUAUAUGAUAUUCAAUAGAGGACUUGUAUGAUUCUUAUUCCAGAAACUGUUUCGUCCCCUUUGUUAUGCGUCUUUUCUUGUACAAUGUGCAUAUUUGUCUAGUGUAUUCUUGUACAAUGUGCAUAUUAAUCUAGUGUAGAAAAGAUGGCGGAAAUUCUUCCAUUGUUUCUAUUUAGAUGUUAUUUUAUUUUC